AUGGAGGAUUCGAUUCGCAUCGCUCCACGACCACGAGGCAACCAUUGCAGCAUCCAGGCUAGACAACACGUCAACCUGGAUCGAGCAACGCUGGAAGGAAUGUUUCACCUGAAGCAAGAGGAAGCUGCAGCAAACCUGGGGAUAUCGCUCACAAGUUUGAAGCACGCCUGCCGCAAGUUAGGCAUCAGCCGAUGGCCAUUCAGCCGAUGGAGUAGUGAGGUUGCUGCUGAGAAUGAAUCUAGAAAUGAGGGAGCGUCCAGCGAGAGUGACGGGGGUACAACAGAGAGGAACGUUCGUGCAGGGGAUUUGCUCUGGGGCGAGGAUAUGAACAUGUCGGAUGCAACGGAAAUUAGUACUUCAUGGAGCUUCUCGAGCUCUGAAUUUCUGAGCCAGCACUUAGAGACGAUGUCUUCUGAACAUCAGGCCCCAGGGAAGAAUGAAGGUGCAGGAAACGAGAGUUUGAGGCGCGAAGACAUCUCUUGGUUGAAGUGGUACCUGCGAUGCGACAUGAUGAGCGAUGAGAUAUAA